CAAUAACCCACACAGCCCGGUAGACUGAGAAAGUGCUUGCCGCCGUUGGAGAAAACCAGGGAAAGGUUGUGUUAUUUUCUUGCGCUCUGCUAUGCACCGGCUGUUGUGGCGAUGCAGCCGUCCUCGGAAGCUACGUCCAUGGGCGGCGCUGCAACAAACUCGGCACACACCAAGCUUCCCCUACAGCAACACUCCCUCGGCACACUCGACUCAAGCAGGAGCAGGGCUAGCCCGAGAUAAAGCGGGAACAGGACAAGAAGGAACACAAGGAAUAAGAGAAUCACGGCACAGCAGGGCCAAUGUCAGCGACGACGAGCUCGAGAAAUUUCGCCACCUUGAGAAGGAGUGGUGGAAUCCGGCUUCCAGGCAAGGAGCGGGGCCACUGCACUCCAUGAACGUGACGCGCGUGCAGUACAUUGUCAGGCAGGUGGGUUUGUCGCUGCCCGAGGCUUCGCCGCUCAGGGGGUCUGCGACGCCGCUAGCGGGGCUCCGUGCUCUGGACGUCGGGUGCGGCGGGGGGCUGCUGAGCGAGUCUUUGGCGCGGCUUGGGGCAGAGGUGAUAGGGGUAGACCCGUCGCCAGAGAACGUGGCCGUGGCAUCUGCGCACGCCCAAGGCGAUUCGCUGACUCGGACGAUCCGCUACGAGGCCACGACCGCAAAAGAGCUGGAGAAUCGAGGAGAGCAGUUCGACCUGGUUGCAUCGCUGGAGGUGAUCGAGCACGUGGAAGACCCCGCCGGUUUCGUGUCGUCCCUGGCAAGCCUGACACGGCCCGGGGGGAUGCUGGCCAUGUCGACGAUCAACCGAACCGCUAAGUCCUUCGCGCUCGCGAUCGUGGGCGCCGAGUACCUGGCAGGCAUCGUGCCGGUGGGGACCCACGAUUGGCGUAAGUUUGUCCCCCCAGAGGACCUCACGGCGAUGCUGCAGGCACACGGGUUUCCAGGAGAGCUCGUGGAGACGUGCGGGUUGAUGUACAACCCGGUGUCGGGCAGGUGGAAGGAGAAUCCGGGGGAUUUGGACGUGAAUUACAUUGUGACCGCUCUUCGUGGGAGUGGGGAAAAGCGGUGAAAGGUGACAGCUUUUCGUUGUGGAGGGCGCAUAUGCGCCCUGUUGCGGCGGUGUUUGCUCUGUUCCUUGUCGAAACGUUGUGUGCUCUUUUUUUGUUGUUAAGGACUGACUCUGGGCGAGCAUGGAGCGGUAAGUUUGUGUGUGGUCGGAAGAUGGCCGGAAGCGCCACGCCUUGACAUACCUCCGAGGGGGGUCCAACCCCCCCCUCCUAUGUGACCCCGGUUGGGUCGUCCAGCUGGUAGAAGUGGAGGAUAGGGGCCAGAGGGGCAGACGAUAGAGUCCAAUAACGGGAGAUAAAAAAAAAAGUCCGCUUUCCCUCUUCCCCUGCGCGAGUGACGAGGUGCCUACGGCAGGGUAACAAGCCCCAUGUCAGUGUUUUGUUUUUUUGUUUGGCUAUCUAUUCAGACACCUGUGUCAUGUAGUGCGGCAAGGGUUCUCUCUUGUCAUCAGCCGGUGUGACUCAGGUGAAACGGGUGGGAGUUUUGCUGUCAUGCAUUGUACUUACCCAUUCAAGGAACAUGUUGGUAGUAGAAGUAACAUUUUUCGCGCUUCCCGCUCCCUCUCGACACUCCGUCUCUAUCGGUUU